UGGAGCAAUUUUCGAUGCAUAUUAUCUAAUAAACAAAUAGUACAGAACUAUUACACAGAGACCCUAAUCUCCUAUUUAAGUUCUUGCUCACCAAUCCACACUCACAGCAUUUCAUUUUCAUUUCAGCCCCUAAACCAAAUCACCCUUCCAUCUCUGUUGAUAUUACUAUGCCUGCUCGCAGAGUUCGAAAUAACAGGGGAGAGCCUAACCUCUCACAAAUUGUGUUCAGGCAGGGCGGAGCCGGAGACCUCCAGCAACAACGAUACCGCGAAUUCUACCAACGUUCAAUAACAUCUACGCGAUACGUUGAUGAGAAUUGUUUACGCGAUUUGGGGAUGCUCGAUACUGUGCAGCGGUUGCUUGAUAAAUUGGGUCUCACUAAAGCAUGCACACUAAACUUACCCACCUAUGAAGCAUUAACCUUGGAAUUCUUAAGUUCCUACUCCUACAACACACCUCCUGGUGCUGGUAUGCAUCUUACCGGAGCAGCGAAUUUCAGAAUGUUUAACACAGAAUAUACUGUGGAUCAAGAGACUCUGAGUGAGAUACUCCAGUUCACUCGUGGAGAAGAUGUGAAUUACCGAAUUCCUCCGGAAAUGGAUUGGACAGCAACAUCAUUCGCAAUAUGGGAACGUAUAGCCGGUGAACGUCCUGCUGGUUGGGACGAACUUCUCUCCACUCAUAUCCACAAUCCUUGCAUCCGUUACUUUCACCGCAUCUUAGCUAAUACCAUUUUUGGAAGAACCAACAAUAACAGGGUAAAUUCCAAGGAGAUGUUUUUCUUUCACUGCGCUUUUGCACGGAACUGCAGGAUAAACGCUAGCUCGUUUCUCAUGGCUCACAUUCAAUCUCUUGUCGCGAGGGAUGGAACUAAUGUACCUUUCUGUAUUGGAGGUAUAGUUACAAGUAUAGCACUCCAUCUGAACUUGGGGGACAAAUUGCAAAAUUUACCUUCACUACCAGCCGUUUUUAUGGAUAUCGACAACUGUCGAGCUGGUCACCUUAUCAAGGUAAGAGAAGAAGGAGGAUAUAAUCUCAUGGUGCGGAAUAGGAAAGUUCCGAGCGUCAUUUUGCCAAAUCCAGCCAUUACCAGAUUAACCGAUAGGAACAAUUGGUUAUACGAUCUAGAUGCACCUGCCCCUGGUGCAAAUGUGCAAGACAUCGAAGGUGGGGCGCAUAUUGAUGAGCCUGAUGAGAUAGAGCAGGGUCCACCUGAAGAAGAUCAACAACCACCUGCCCGACAGGUUGCAAGCACCUCCACCCGACGCCGUCGACGAAGUGACCGUGCUCCUGCUACUAAUGAUGACAUUCUAGCGGCCAUUAUGCAAAGAAACGAAUUGGAUGCUCAGAGAGAUGAAAGGAACCAGACACAGCUUACUAAUAUGAUGAAUCUCAUGCAGCAAAUCCAACACGAAUUGGCCAACCAAGGAGAGCAGGUAACAGGCGUCAUAACUGAAUUGAACGCUUUGACCUUGCGUGUGGGGGACUUGCAGGAUUAUAUCCAUCAGGUGGGCAUACCGGAUCAUCACGUGGCACAAAAUGGACGGGGUCGAGCAAGGACUCCUGGUAGAGCACGUGGCAGAGGCAAUGAGGGAUGAUUUUUCAGUUUUCUACCUUCCUUUCUUUGCAUUGGAGACAAUGCUCAGUUUAAGUGUAGUUUAAGUGUAGCUCAGUAUUAGACAAAUUCUGUUUGUUUCAAAUGAUGGUUGGUGGUUUUGCCAUGAUAAAAAAUAGUCUUUUAACCUCUUGUAGGUAGUUGUUGUUAUUUAACCACUUAUAUGGUAGUUACUUUACAUAAAAGUGUCUGAUACAUUGAGAUUUGAAGUACUUAUUCUAUCAAUAUUUCUUGCAUGAUUAGUUUUGGGGUCAAUUAAUACUUAUUCUAACAACCUUCCAUAUCAUGAAAGUCUGAUUGUGUUUCAUCUUCUUUAACUCCAUUUCAAUCAAUUUCUUGUUUUGAAUUUGUCAGAUGAAGGAGUUUGGAGAGCAAGUAUGAAAAAUAUCGUUUUAAAGAAAUAUUUACUUCAUUUUAAAGUUUUUUAAUGGAGAAAUUGGUAUCUGCACUAUUCUUUUAAUCAUAUCUUAUUUAUAUUUGUAUAAAGUAUGUAUUGUGUGAUUCUCUCGAUUGACAGAUUAUAAUUAGUGCACUUGGUUUACUUAUGAUUUGAGUUUUUCGCAGGUUGGGAUAUCAGGAUCAUUACUCCGAAACAAAUGAAUAUCCAACAUUUUUGAUUUCAGAUUGGUGGCUCACUUUCUGUCAUCAGGCAUUUCAGGUGUUGCUCGUCGGGCGGUGCUGGAGCCUUCUUCGGUUAGUCUUGUAGCUGCUAUUCUCAUGGGUGUCGUCGUUCCACCCCGUUUGUUUGCAGAAUUCUGUUCUCUUUUCGGUCUUCUGGCGCAAUAGUUUGUUUAGGGAGCUGUUGGAGUGUAAUGGUUCGGGAGUUGCGUGAUCACCGGUUAUUAUCCAUCGUUGUUAGUGAUUGAAUUAUAGUUUUUAAUGUUUUAUAUGUUUUAACGAUUUCGUUUAAUUUAGGUACAGGUCUGGGGCAAUCCACGCCGAGCAUGGCUGCAUUUACAAAGGCAAGGGUUGUGGCUGCUAAGAUUUUCGAAAUAAUCGCUCGCAAGCCUGGAACUGACAGAAAUAGUGAAUCAGGAUUGGAAUUGGAGACGGUUACUGGACUUGUGGAGCUGAUAUCAAUCCCACUUCUGGGCUGUUUCAAAGCUUCGUGAGAGUAAAUCAAAUGAUAAGCGAGUUUCAAUGUUUACGACAAUGAAGAGACUCUAUUUGAGAGCGGACCGUGGAUGGAAGCUUUGCAAGCGGGUUGGCCAUGAAGGUUGCCAUCAAGAUGGAAUUUAGGAUCACACAGCCGGUAACAUUCACUCAUUGGCGUUUCCCUUUUGAAAACAAUUUUUAUCUCAGAUAUUUCAUUAGUCUACGAAUAUAGGUUUAUGAUGUGAGCAAACUGUAUUAUAUGAUGUAAUGAUUUGUUCAAAGCUGUUGAUUCUUACAUUUUCUUUUACUUUCUGAUUCUGAUUUUGUGCCGACUGUUUUGGUUGAACCAAGAACUGGAAAUACCAGACCGGUUCUUGUCCUAACGCAUGCUUGGUGCAAACCAGAUGCAGGUAUCAUUUAACCUAACCUAUCAUACUAUUGGAUAUUAGGAAUUAAGUCACUGAGAUGACAUGUCUUUGCUGUUAUUAUUAUUGUCACAACUACUAAUGUAAGUCAACUACUCUUCAAUUUCGCAGAAUUCUGAAUAUGAUAAAUUUUGGACCAACUAUAAGGAAUUCACUAUUUUUAACCCUUAUUUGUUUGCCUAAAAGUAGCAACAUGACUGGUAAGCCUUUGACAUGUUUGUAAUGCAUCACUGUUUCUGCACAACUAUUGGAACGACACUGAGGUUCAAAAGCACACCAUCUGGCUGCUACUACAAUUGUUGCUCGGGCUGCAAUCGUUCAAACAAGAAUACUUCACUGCCUUUUCAAUGAAAUUGUAACGGUUUCAAUGUCAUCGAAGUAACAAAGUAUAAAAUUGAGAUUGAAGUUCAGCACGAUGGACAUGUCUGCUCCUUCACGUUUUGGGACAAAGCUCGUGUCCCAAUUGUUGGCAUUACAGCUGCCAAGUUGAGAGCUAUAAUGAAAGAGGCUGGGGAAGAUCACCCACAAAUAUACGCUAUCCACCUUGACAGUCUACUGAAGCAAAAGUUGGCCUUUCAUGUGAAGUAUUCCACCUUCUACAAACAAUGCUCGAUUGUCAUGCUUAAUAGAGAUGAACACGUGUACAACAUGAUCCAUGAAUAUAUGAACCCAAAUGAGAUCCUAUCUACUGAGCUCACUUUGUAUAAAACAAGCUCUACGAAUACACCACCACCAUCUAAGAGGGAUGAUGCCACCAUUAGAUAUGAUGAUGCGCCUCCAACCAUGUAUCUAACACCACAAAAUUCUUCCACAUAACUGAAACACAUGAAGAAGGAGUGAUAUGGAGGAGUAAUUUGGAACACCUUCUGUAAUCUGAAGCAGAUUUGUUCAAAGCACCUGAACCGAUUAUUGAAGAGUCAGAGAUUGAUCUGGAUCCCAUGACAGCAGCCAUCUCAAUGAGAUAUCAAAUCUCACUCUGAUUAAUUCUCCAUCCUCGAAUGUUCCUCCUGUUUAUAAGAGAAAUUGAAUGCAACAACAUUGUUGUUCGAGGCAUCACGAUUCUCGCGACUGAUUAUGGUUUAUGGUUUAUGACGCACACUCUUGCAAGAACAAGCAGAUUGAGGACUGUUAUAUAGUGUCCUGGGAUGACUGUGUGGCUGUGAAGAGUGGUUGGGAUGACUAUGGUAUACCUUAUUGAAUGCCGACUACGCAGCUGGUAAUAACAAGGCUCACUAUGAUGUCUCAUUUAGUGGUUUUAAGCUGUUAGUGAUAUUGUUUUUUCCAUUUUUGGUUUUCUGGGUACAUUUGCUUGUGCUGUUGGUUUAUCAGCUGCACUUAAUCUGGGUUGCAAACCUGUUAGAACUUCAAGAACUGAUCGGCUGCACCGCUAGGGCUGGGUUCGAACCUAGGACCUUUGGUUAAGCUGGAAGAGACCCUCUAAAUAUAUAUGAGUUUUGCUAAGAUAGAACCAUUUAAUUUUUAGAAGGAGUACUUUAGGAAACUAUAAUUAAAAAAAUAGUUAAAUGUACUCUAAGAUGUAUGUUAUUAAAACACUUCUUUAAAAAAUAGAAGUGAGUGUAAGUUAACAUCUUUUAUAGACAUUUACUAAAAUAGAUCCAUUUAUUUUUAGGAGUGUGUUAGCAAAUAAUAAUUAAAAUUUAUAAAUACACUCUAAGGUGCAUAUUGCUAAAACAAUCCUUUAUAAAAAUUAAUUGGUCUAUCUUAACAAAACUCAUUAAAUACUGGUAUGUUUGUGAAAGAUUCAUAGGAUACAAUGCAAGAUGCACCAAACCGUUUUUUGUUCAAUGCUCGCAAAACCUAGUUUUAUAUCAGUGGCUACUCAAGCGCUACCAGGGGCGGAGCCAGGACCCUGGGCCAGGGGGUUCAAAAUCUUUUUCUAUCAGUGUCAACGGGAGCAUGAGGUAAACCUAUUUUUCUUUUGAAUGGUUUCAAUGUAGGCUAGAAAUUAGAAUUCAGUUCCCAAGCUGAUAAAAUUAUAUCUUUGUUACAGGAAAUAGUGGAAUAUCUUUGUUGGAGAGAAAUAAAGUAGAAUAUCUUUGUUGUAGAGCUAUAUAUUUACUAUAUAGGUUAAUUACUAUAUAGGUUCUGAGGUGAUAUUUACUUAUAGUUAAUUAUAUUUGCUGCGUAUCAUUAUUUAUUAUCUCUCAACUGAUUGAUUGAUGAGUUGAAUAUAAAUUUGCUAUUAUUAUUUAAGUAUCUAAAUUCAAUGGAAUCAAUAGCCUCAAACUCAACUCAUUGCAAGAAGACACUAAGAAGGUAUGGGUGUUUUCUUUUUCUUUAGUUUUCUCUAUUAUCAAAUAUGAUUUGUUCUCUUUUUCUUUAGUUUUCAUGCAAAAAGAUAAAACUUAUGCUAUAAUUUAUUUGUCAAUAGUUCAAACUCUGAGUUUGGAUGUUGGUUUGUGAGUUAAGGGUGGAGUGUUGUUAGAUAGUGGUGUUGAGAGAAUGUGAAGAAAAUGAAAAUUGAAAUUCAUACAUCAUCUUUUGAAAUAUAUACAACCUAACAACCUUGAAAUCUUGUAUAAUAGCUUUGGUUCGGAAUGUUGUUGUCCACUACCUUCUUUAAUUGUUAAUUG